UGAGACAUGAGUACCUGCUCCUUGUUUAUCAUUUAAAAACAAAAUUUACCAUAAUGGAAAUGAAGGACAUCGUUAUAAGAGAACUCCGACAUGACGACACUAGGGAGGCUGUCGAGCUGAUUCUGUCCGGACUAUUCCAAGAGACGCUGACUCUGCGUAACGCCUUUGGUCUGAUGUUGAACGCAGAGAGCUGUCUUUCGAUGACCGCCCUUUCCGCCAUCUUGUACACGCUGUCGCAUUCCCCUGGUCUUUCCGUUAUUUUGCCUCCGCUGCUCUCAUUUCUGGUUUCCUUUGUAUAUCUGUGGUGUGACUACCGACAGUGUGUACUGGAUUCCCGGUCGGAGCUACAGGACCUACACGGAUGGUACACUCACAAGCCGGACAGGAAAUUCUGGGUUGCAGUCUACCGGGAAAAGGUGAUCGGAACGGUUGCUCUACAGAUGACAUCGGAGACGACAGCCGAGUUACAGAAAAUGAGGGUGCAUCUCAAGUGCAGGCGGCGAGGAGUAGGGACGCGGAUGGUGGAGCAUGUUGAAGACUAUUGUAGGUCUGUGGGCAUCAGGGAGGUCUUUAUGAUUGCGGACGACUUCGGACAUGGCGCGUAUCUGUACCAGAGAUGUGGUUACGUGAUCACAGUAGAGUUUCUCCGAAGGAUUGUACCCCUGCCAGGAGCUUUCUUUACAGUACGGAAGCUGUCCAAGAAACUGUGGGGAGAUUGUUGAUUUUGAUCAACGUUAAUGCCAGGAAAUGUCGCAAUCUUAAUCUUUUACAAAUGUGGUACUUCGAACAUAAUGUAAAAUCAUCUUAUAUC